UGCUGUUUAUUUUUGUGGCCAAAUGCUCAGUAGAACAGCCUUUGUCAAACCAACCAUGGCUCUUUCUCACAUCACUGUGUUUGUUUCCUUGAUGCUUCAGAUGUUCUGGGUCAGCCACUCUGCAGUCUUCCUGCAGGAGUCUGAAGCUAAUGGCUUGCUGCACAGACAGAGACGGGCGAAUGCAGGACUGGAAGAGCUGAAGAGAGGCUCCAUUGAACGGGAGUGUCAUGAGGAAACCUGCUCCUUUGAAGAACUGAAGGAAGUGUUUGAAAAUGUUGAAAGAGCAAAUGAGUUCUGGGUGACCUACAACGACGAGAAUGACUGUGCAUCAAAUCCCUGCCAAAAUGGUGGAACCUGUAAGGAUUUGUUUCAACGUUACCUGUGCACGUGCCCAGAAGAGUUUGAAGGUUGGAAUUGUGAAGUAGAGAAAGUCACUCAAGUUGAAUGUCGCUUUGAGAAUGGCAAUUGUGAACAAUUCUGCACUGAUGUGGCCAAUUCUUCUCGUCAGUGUAGCUGUGCGGAGGGCUACAGACUCGGAGAAGAUGGAUUAUCCUGCAUUCCUGAAGUGCCCUAUCCUUGUGGAAAAGUGCCAGUUCUGAUGAAGCACAUGAGUCCAUCUGAUGACUUUGAGAUAAGUGGGAGAAUUGUGGGUGGAUCAGACGCUUUGAAAGGAGAAUAUCCAUGGCAGAUCCUGCUGACUUACCAAGGCGCGGUACUGUGUGGUGCUGUGUUACUCAAUCCCCAGUGGGUUGUCACUGCAGCUCACUGCCUGCAUGAUAAAAAACUGGAGUUGUUUCAAAUCAUUGCAGGUGAACACUUGCUCCAGACGGAAGAAGGCACUGAGCAGGUGAGGAAUGCAUCCCGGAUGAUCGUACACGAGAGGUACAACCCAAAAACCAUCGACAGUGACAUUGCACUGCUCCAGCUCAGUGAGCCCAUCGAACUGGAUGAUUACGCAGUCCCCAUCUGUUUGGCAGAGCGGGAUUUUGUCUUACGGGAGUUGAACGGAAUCCACUACUCCACGGUGACUGGCUGGGGGAGGCUGUACGGUGCAGGGAUCAUAGCCUCGACACUGCAGAAGCUCCGGGUCCCGAAGGUCCGGACCUCCGAGUGCCGCCUGACAACAGAGAGAGAAAUCACUCAGAACAUGUUCUGCGCUGGUUACCGGAACGCGAUGCUGGACUCAUGCCGAGGAGAUAGCGGGGGGCCACUGGCCACACCCUACAGGGGGAGCUGGUUUUUAACCGGCAUCGUAAGCUGGGGAGAAGGGUGUGCCAGUGAGGGAAAAUACGGAGUUUACACAAAAGUGUACAAAUUCAACGAGUGGAUACGGCAGUACGUAAAUCAGGGCAGGCCAACGACGAGCCCGACUGUGUCGGAGAACCGGACUGAAUCCAUGAAGUCUAACAGAAGCUAUCCACAGCACCAGGAAGCCUUGUUUAAUCGGCUUCCGUUCACAUUUGUGGAAUUAAUUUACAAAGUUCAUUGUGUUCCUUCCAGAGAUAAGUACAUUCUUGGCCCAAUCACAGUUGAAUCCUCAGAAGAAGUCAGUGUUCAGGGGUUAUGUGUACUCAUCGGCGAAAUGUUUCUUGAGCAACUGAUGGCUGGCUCUCAGGGCUGGGAUUUUUCCUGGGAUCCUGCCUUCAGGAUGGGGGGCUCAGAGUCCCACAUGCCCUGGGGUUUUAUCUGGGUUCUCCAUCGAGGUUUUAGAGGUCAGGCAAGAAUUCCGAAUAUGGACGUGUUUCUGACCCACAAAAAGGCCAACAACAUCCUAGCACGACAGAAGCGGGCAAACAGCUUUCUGGAGGAACUUAAAGAAGGUAACUUGGAGAGGGAAUGCAAUGAAGAAAGGUGCUCAAAAGAAGAAGCGAGAGAAAUCUUUGAAGAUGACCAGCGAACAGAUGAAUAUUGGAAUAAGUAUAUAGACGGCGAUCAGUGCGCGUCCAACCCAUGCAGGAAUGGGGGCGUCUGUCGUGAUAGCAUCGACAAGUACAACUGCCUCUGCCCAAAAGGUUACCAGGGCAGCAACUGUGAGAUUGGUAUCUCUGAUCUCUGCAAUCUGAACAAUGGAGGCUGCCAGCAUUACUGCCGGAUACAGAAGUACCAGGUCAAGUGCUCCUGUGUCGAAGGUUAUGCGCUUCAUUCCGAUGAGGAAUCCUGUAUUCCACAAGUUCCUGUUCCUUGUGGGAGCAUCACAAAGGACAGACCCCGAAGAUCAGUUUUCGACAGUGAUGCUGUGUUAGCUAACAGCACCACACCAACAGAGAGCACUGAAUCAAACCACACCAGUGACCAAUUUACUGAGCCAAAAAGCAACCAUCAUUCCAAUGACGAAAUUGUGAGGAUUGUGGGUGGACAGGAUUGUCCCUUGGGAGAAUGUCCAUGGCAGGUUCUUCUAAUCGAUGAAUCUGGCAAAGGAUUUUGUGGGGGCACAAUUCUAACUGAGACAUUAGUAGUGACUGCGGCUCAUUGCCUGAAUGAAACAGCGACGAUCACCGCUGUUGUCGGUGAAUUUAAUGUCAAGGAAGAUGAGCACACAGAACAGCGGAUUGAGGUCGAGGCAGUCAUUGCCCACCAGAGAUUCCAACGCAAAAAUUACGACAAUGAUAUUGCGGUCCUGCUAUUGAAGAAACCCAUGCAGUUCAACCAGUAUGUGGUCCCAAUCUGCCUGCCCCAAAGAGAAUUUGCAGACACGGUGCUGAUGAAAGCACCAAAUGCAUUAGUCAGUGGUUGGGGCCGUGUCAUUGACCAUGGGAUGCCAGCUGAUAAGCUCCAGCGCCUCACAGUGCCAUACGUCGAUCGGGCAAAGUGCAUUGAGUCUAGCAAGUACCCCGUGUCUCAGAACAUGUUCUGCGCUGGCUACAAAGACGAGAGCAAAGAUGCCUGCCAAGGAGACAGUGGUGGGCCUCAUGUCACAGAGCACAAGAACACUUGGUUCUUGACUGGCAUUGUCAGCUGGGGAGAAGGAUGUGCCCAGAAGGGAAAAUAUGGCAUCUACACAAAGGUGUCAAGAUACCUCAGAUGGCUCAGAAUGGUUAUUAGACAAGUAUCUUCUACUCAAAACAGCAGGGCCCUCGUAGAACACAGUGAUAGUGCCCCUACUCUUGCGCCAGAAACUCUGCAUUCAAGUACGUCCGCGCCAGGGCAUGCCAGUGCUCCCAAAAAAUAACCCAUCAUUGCUGAAAUAAUGAGCACGCUUUAAUGGAACCCACAGAUUCAGGCUGUACCAACUCCACAAAAAUCUCAGUUGCAUCAAUAACCCACAGAAAUAGCUUAUCUGCCUUGGAUCUAAAUUGAUGGUUGUAGGGAUGGUGAAAAUCUUAUCAGUCAUCAUUGUUAACAUUGUGUAGAAAGAACCACAAUCUCUGGUGGUCAGUCAUGUGUAGUUCAGUCAGGGAUUUGCUAUCAGUGAUAUUUUGUACCUCCAAGGAGCCAGCCACUGCUGUCUUCAUAGAAUCACUGAAAUGACAUAACCUUGUGUCCUUUACACACCAUUCUCAUCUUCCAGAAACAAUAUUUUAAUUAGUAUGCCUUGCUAGACGGGGUGCAACUGAGUUUUUACAACGUACAAAGUUCUAAUUCCUCAUUAACCAGCUCUUUAGCCCUGAAAUAUUAAUUUUAUAAGCAUGGGUUCUCAUUACCGUCAUUCUGUGAUAAGUGUACCAUGAUUUUUAAAGUAAGAAAACAUAAUUUGUUUUUCACACUUGUUCAGUUUCUACCUUGGCCCCAUAUAUGUAUAUGCCAAUUCUUAUUUCAUUCCCUGGCGGACAAUUAAAAAGUGAACAUUAAUCUGAAUGUUUUAUUUCA